AUGGGUAAUAUAGAAAGUGAUGAAGAAGAGACACUCCCAGAAUUAAAAUAAAUGAAACUUAUUCUUGAUAAAGGACUAUAUAAAGUAUAUGAAAAUCCUGAAAACAAUAAAAAAUAUGAUUUUUGGUUUUAAAAAUCAAGUGACCAUACUUUUGAAGAGGAAAUGAAAAUAGCAUAAGAAAUUAAAAAUGGAAAUUUAAUUGGAAUUACUAAAAUUCAUAAUAUUCAAAUUCAUGUACGUGAAAAACUGUUUACUAAGUAUUAUUGUUUGAACAUUUUAACAGAACAUCCAUCAUAUACAUUAAAAGAAUAUUUAUAAAAAAAAGCUAAAAAUUAAUUAUUAACACCAAAUUAAAUUACUGAUCUAUUUGUAUCUAUUACAAAUGCAUAAUAUAUGCUUGGAUCAUAGAAAUAAUAUUUAGGAUUUGAAAACAUUUAUACAAGUGAUGGAACAAUUUGGAAAAUCAAACCAUUUAUAUAAACUAUUUCAUUCUAUUAAGAGUUAUUACAAUAUAAAUCCAAAAAUUUAAGCUCUUUUGAAAUGUCUGGUUUCCCUUCACCUGAAGAAUUUCAUUAAAGUAAUUGUGAUACAGAUAGAGUUAAAAUUUUUGGUUUAGGAAUGUUAUUAUUAGAAUUGAUAACAAGUAUUUUUUAUUCAUUUAUUAAAUCAAUAGAAAAGAAAAGCAAAGACAUUUAUAAGAAAUUUUAUAUUGAUGAAGUUCUCUUAUAAGAAAGAAUAACAUUUUUAAAAGCUUAGAAAUAAAAUUAUAGUGGAAGAUUAAUUGAAAUAGUCAUAGAUAUUUUAGACUUAGAUUUGGUUAGAAGACCUAAUUAUCAUUAAUUAUAGAAAUAUUUAAAUUCACCAGAAUCUAAUAUUGAUUCUGAUUUAAAAGAUAUUUAAGUUUAACCUAUAGAUAAAAUCAAAUCUGUUAAUUUGAAUUCCCUUUUACCUCCAGAUACUUAAUAUUUAGAUAAAAGUCUUGCUCUUUAAUUUUCUAAAAUUGAAUAGAAAUUAAACUAUAAAAUGAAUGAUCAUAAAAUAAACAUUAGUUAAUCAGCAAAAUAACCAAAAUAAAAUUUAGUUACAUAGAAUUUCAAUUAUUAUGGUGCUUAAAUUAAUGGUAAAUAUCAUGGAUUAGGUAUUAAUAUAUUAUAUAAUAAUAUAGGUAAAUUAUAUACAAAGUCAAAUAUCUUAGUAUAUGAAGGAGAUUUUUUUGAAGGAAACUAUCAUAAUUUUGGUACAUUAAAAUACUUAGAUUCUAUAUUAUUGAAAGAAAAUUUUAAUUAUUAAGAUUGCACAAAUAUGGAGAAAUAUGCUUUAUGUUAUGAAGGAUCAUUUUAAAAUGGAAUGUAAUAAUAUAAAAAUAAUUAUAGAAAACAUGGAGAGGGUAGAAUGACUUUAUCUAAUGGUGAAGUAUUUGCUGGUUCAUUUGUAAAUAAUAUUGUAGAUGGAUAUGGUGCAUUUUAACCAAAUAAUAAAAAAAAGGUUAUAGGACUCUGGAUAAAUGGUAUAUUUUAAUCUAAUCCUUCAAUUAUUCAAUCAUUUCAAAAUUUAAGUGAUGAUAAAAUUAAAAAUAUAGAAGAUUUUAAUAAUUCAGAAAUAUAGUAAAAUUAAGAUAUAUGUAACUCAUAAAAUCAAAAAUAAAAUUAAAACAAAUUAUAUUAUGAUGAUCAAUAGACUCUUAUUAAAUAUUAAGGUGAAAUGGAUAAAGGAUAGAAGAAUGGUUAAGGUAUAUUAUACUAUAAAAAUUAAAAAAUUUAAUAUGUUGGAUAAUUUUAAAAUGAUCUUUAUCAUGGUUCUGGGACAUUAUAUAAUGAUAAUCCAGUUUUUGAAUAUUAAAUUAACUAUUAAUAAUUAGGAUUAGUGUAAACUUAAGGUUAUUGGAGACAUUAUGAGGGGAAAUUUUAAAAUGGGCUGUAUUUUUUCUAAUUUUAUUAUUUUAAGUAAAAAUGGUUAAGGAACUUGGUAUUUAUCUAACUACAGCGAGUUUUAGGGAAAUUUCGAGAAUGAUCUUCCUCAUGGAGAAGGAGUCAUAAGUAAUACAAAUCAUAAAGAAUUAAAAGCAAAAUGGAAACAUGGAGUUUUAGAAAGUGAAUUGUGAG